AUGGCUUGUGCACAGUGCCAGAAAGUUGUUUCUAACUCUGACCGGAUUUUUUGUCAAGGAUACUGCGGUAAACCAUUCCACAUGAUUUGUGCCAAAGUCGACAUCCCGCUUUUGGAUCAGCUGGGGCUUUAUGCAAACAAUGUGUUUUGGAUGUGCAAUUGUUGCGCCGAACUAUUCAAAAACAGCAGCUUCAGAAACAUGAUCGACAAUGGAACAAGCGGUUGUUCUGAACCGAAGGAAAUUGUCUCGCUGAAGGACGAUAUUGCCAAGCUUAGCCAAGUUGUAGAGGGUUUGGCCGCAAAAGUCGAUGCGAAAACACUGGCUCCUAACAAGUCGACAGCGUGGGUAAACGCGAAACGGUCUGCUAUGGAAUCAAACACCCCUAAACGCAGGCGCGGUGACACCGGCAGUCCUAUUUCCAGCCCUACGAUGCCCAGGACCUGUGGAACCAAGCCAAUGAGCGGUAAAAUCAAAACAGUGCCGCUUGAAGACGAUAUUCUCUGGAUCUAUCUCUCAGCUUUCGACCCCCAAACGACUGAAGCUGAAAUAGCAUCUCUGGUUCGUGAAUGUUUGGAUUUGGGCUCUUGCACUGAGCCUAAAGUUAUAAAACUGGUUCCUAAGGGCAAGGAGCUCAGCGCAAUGAACUUCGUGUCUUUCAAGAUUGGGAUCAGUUCAAAAUUAAGAUGCUCUGCGUUGUCACGAGACUCAUGGCCGGAAAAUGUCAUAUUUCGUGAAUUCGAGGAUCGUUCAAAAAACCAGCUCAGAAUUACCAGGAUCAAUCGAAUUCUACCAGUGGAACCACAACCAUCAGAAGGAGAUCCAGUUGUACAGAUGGACGCUUAA